GGGUUGGAAAGACUACUUUGAUCCAGAAAGUCACUCAGGCUCUAAAGUCCUCAGGCGUUCCCAUUGAUGGAUUUUACACAGAGGAGGUUAGAGAUGGUGGCAGGAGAACAGGAUUUGAUGUUGUCACUUUGUCUGGAAAACGAGGACCUUUGUCUAGAGUCAGUUCUGAUUCUUCUACUUCAAGACGGGAAUAUCGAGUUGGACAGUACGUUGUAGACCUUGUUUCAUUUGAGCAGUUGGUUCUACCUAUGCUGAGAAAUGUAAACCAUGGCAGUGAUGCAGAGAAAAAAAUCUGUGUCAUAGAUGAAAUUGGUAAAAUGGAACUCUUCAGCCAGGCUUUUAUUCAAGCUGUUCGUCAAACACUGACUGGCUCAGGGACUGUAGUGCUUGGAACUAUUCCCAUACCUAAGGGAAAGCCACUGGAUCUUGUUGAAGAAAUAAGAAGUAGGAAAGAUGUUGAAGUAUUCACCGUGAGUAAUAUUUAAUAUCCUUAAAGAGCCUUCUAUUCUAGGUUGCUGGUUUGUCUCUGGCUCUGUUUAAAAUCUAAUUGUUACUACCGAUUGAUAGCUGUGGGUAGCUGGUAUGAAGUAAGGAUUUUUUGUUUCCAUUUUAGUCUUAAUGGGCAGGUGUUCACCUU